AAUUAAGAAAAUAAAACGCACUGUUUAGUAGAAUCUUCCCCUUCAUCCUGCCCAUGGGAUUUCUGGUAGAAUAAAUAUUUUAGAUUAGACUGGACACCUUCAUCAAACAGUUGGAGUGCGUGGGGAAUGUAAAUGGAUAUAACAGACUCCAAACUUGUGCUCCCAUGCCCAUCUGCCCUCUCGCCUUCUCAGGUAUCUGUGGUUUUUGAUCCAUCUUGCGAUAGAAUCCCCCAUCCUGACACUGAAUUAGAAAACUCCAUUUUUGAGAUAUGGGAUCAAAGGGUACAGAAGAACGCAUCUUUGUACAAUGGGGAAAAGUUCCGGUAUGGAGGAUACACUCUAUCCAACAGAGCAGGAUCAGAACAAGAUCUUCAUGCCUGCCUCCACCUUGGUUUGACAGAUUACAGGGUUUUUAUGCGGACAUACUUAAAUCCUCUUUGGGAUAAGUUACUCCUUCCAUCAGAAGACGACCCAAAACAGUGUCAACACACCUCAAGUCCAUUGGGUAAUGGUGCAAUUGUAGAGACAUCUGACCAGAAAAUAGAAGUGUUACAAAGAAGUUAUAAUGUAGGGGAAUUUCCUGGACAUUUUGUUUUCCCUGGAGGCCAUCCAGAGGUAUGGAGUCUGAAAGAUGAAACAUUUGCAUUCUGA